AGAAGAAGUAGAAGCCCGCGAAUAAAAACGACGAAGAAGACGCGGUUUAGCGUUGCUGCUGCUUGAUUACAGGGAAUCCGCUAUCAUCUUCACCAUGUCGCAGGCGAUAUUCGAGGUGUUAGAAGGAAUGGACAAUCAGACGGUCCUUGCUGUCCAGUCCUUCCUGGACGGUCAAGCCGGCGUCCCUGAUCACAGCAAUCAGAACGUCUCCGGAGCCGCCAUCCAGCCGAUGGAUGAUGAUGACGUCUUCCUGUGUGGGAAGUGUAAGAAGCAGUUCAACUCCUUGCCGGCGUUCUUGACUCACAAAAGGGAGCAGUGCCAGCAGAACACGCCCUCGCUCGCCACCGUGUCACUGGCAUCCAGCAGCACUUACACACCUGUACCCUCGGUCAGCGCCGUGGCACAACCUCCGGCCAACAGACAGGUGUCGACGUACAUCACGGUGCCGCCGUCUCCUCUCACACACACCCUGGUGCAGGGGAACGUUCUGGUGAGCGACGAGGUUCUCAUGUCGGCCAUCUCGGCGUUCACGUCCAUGGACACACCAGUCACGGCCAUGCAGGCUUCCUCUCAGAGUAAUUUGAGCCUGCCCAGUACAGCAUCAUACCUGCAGCACCACCCACAGGCCUCUCAGCCCCUCCCACUGGCCCAGGCUCCACCCCUUUCUGCACAGGCUCCCACCAGUAUCAACAGCUCCAUAGUGCAGGUGUACAGCACACUGCCCCCGAUGGCUGGAGGAGGAAACGCAGAGGUCCACACGCUCGGCCUCCAACAGUUCCAGUCUGUUCAGGGUGGUGGUGGUCAGUGUGUGGACAGUCAGACUGCAGCCUUCAGCAGCGCUCCCGUUUACAGUUCGGCUAAACCGGCACAGAAGCUGAAGAGCUGCAACAGCACCGUGACUCUGAGCGAGCUGAGCGAAUACGACAAGGUCAUCAUCCCCAAAAAGACCCGCAACUCCAAGAAAGGCCACGAAGCAGGUCAAACAAAAGCCAAAGGUCAGAAGCUUAAGUGCAAUUUCUGUGACAAGGUGUUUGCUAAAAACUUCGACCUGCAGCAGCACAUCAGAAGUCACACAGGCGAGAAGCCGUUCCAGUGCAUCGUAUGCGGCCGAGCUUUCGCCCAGAAGUCCAACGUGAAGAAGCACAUGCAGACGCACAAGGUGUGGCCAGCUGGAGUGCACAGCACUGCGUCCAGACUCCCCGUAACGGCAAAAGCGGUCCCGGAGAACACGGCUCAAGGUUCAGACGGACACGAAGAAGAACAUGGUAACAGCUUCCGUUCACGUCGUUAUAGUUACAUUUACGGUCAGCGAGGACUGAGACGGGCGUCUCCGAGGAGAUUGUACAAGGCUGAUCCUCUUUUCUGUUCUCCAGGAGUUCUGGAUCAGAGCGAGACUGAGCUCACGUCUGAGGUGAAAGGAUCCAACCAGGCCCGAAAUGAGCGGCUCAUUCUCAUCGACAGCUCGUACCAGUGCCAGUUCUGUGCCGCAAAAUUCAGCAGCUACUUCCAGCUCAAAUCCCACAUGACCCAACACAAAGACGAGCAGGUGUACAGGUGUGUGGUGAAGGCAUGCUCUCAGACCUUCCAGAAGCUGGAGCUCUUCCUUGAGCACAUCCGCUCUCACCAGGAGCACCUGACCUACCGCUGUCACCUGUGUACCAAAGUGUUCCAGUCUCUGUUCGAGCUCGGCCUGCACCAGUACUCACACAGCUUCUGUCCUCAGCAGAAUACGCGCAAAGACACUGCUUACUACAGGUGUAAUAAGUGUCAGAGUAAAUACUCCACACAGGAAGCUCUGGAGCAGCACAUCCUCACCGCCUCACACAACUUCCCCUGUUCACACUGCCACAAGGUGUUCCCGUGCGAGCGAUAUUUCCGGAGACACCUGCUCACUCACGGCGCUGUUGGCAGAUUCAAAUGCCAGAUCUGUAAAAAGCUGUUUAAAACGGAGCACUACCUCAAACUGCACACACAGAUACACUCGGGUGAGAAGCCGUAUAAAUGUUCGGUGUGUGAAGCCACGUUCAACCGCAAGGACAAGGUUAAGAGACACAUGCUGAUCCACGAACCCUUUAAGAAGUACAAGUGUCCUUUCAGGACGCAUGUUGGCUGCACCAAAGAGUUCAACAGACCAGACAAGCUGAAGGCACACAUCCUGUCUCACUCAGGCAUUAAGCCGUUUAAGUGCCAGUUCUGCCAGAAGAGCUUCAGUCGGCGUGCACACAUGCUCGAGCACCAGCGCUCUCACACCAACAACUACCGUUUCCGCUGCUCCACCUGCGCCAAGGGCUUCACCCGCCUCAAAUACUACCGUGAGCACCGCUGCCCACUGACCGCCGCCUCGGACACCACCACUGGAACAGCUGGAGGUGGACAACCCACAGCCGGAGAAGCAGAUUACACAGACGCCCCGGAUGAAGAUUAUGACAAUGAGGAAGAGACGAGUGAAGGUGGAGUUGUGGGAGCUGAAAUGGGAACAGGAGCUGAGAUGAUGAGAGGAACAGAUGAGGAGGAUGAGGAAGAGGAGGAGGAGCGGAAUGAAGGAUUGCAGGGAGGUGGAGGGGCUGAUGAACUGCUGGAGGAAACCGUAUUCGGCUCUACGGCUCAUUGACGUCUGUUCAAGUCGUCUGGUUUAACAGGAAAUCCGGCAGCACAAAGAGGGGGGGGCAACCCCCAGAUCGUACUGGCAUGUCGAUUUGGUUUCUGCAGCAUUUCCAUAAAACAGAACGACAAACGGAGCUAAAACGCUGAGCUACAGCAACGUAUGAAUUUUUACUAAAUAUGUUACAAAGAAUCGCGAUCUAAGAGAAAAAAAAUCAUCCGGCUGUACUCAUAAUCCUGUGGAGCAAGCGCAGAGACUGACCUGAGAAUGAUCGAUGCUAACUGUUCCCUUGUGUCUGGUUACGUGCUUUCACUUUACAAAUGUACCUUUAAGUCUCUGUGGUGCAACUGAAAUUCUACACUGUGCUAGUCCUGACUGGUUUAGGACUGACUUUACACCCUGACUUAGCAACGAACUCUCGUUCAUGAAUGUAUUUGUUUUAUAUUAAAAACGUUGCAUGUUUUUAAAAAAAAAAAAGUUAUUUUCUCGUUGUAGAGAAGAGAUGAAUUGCUGCUGUAAUAAUGAUCAGUGGGUUUUUUUGUGUGUGUGUGUGGCUGAAUGUGUGCCCUUUAUGACUGUAAACGAGAUGUGAAAUUGGUCCAGCCUGAGUUCCGGGCUAACUGCAAAUAAAUGAAAGGCUGUGCAAGAUGAGUGUUUCACUUCCUCUCUGUGGUGUGAUUCAGUCGCAGCACAAUUUAAUCUGUUGUACGGAAGUCAUAUUUAUUUUUAUAAAAUUUUGUCAAAACGAUCGAAGUUUGACUAUUUCAGAAAGUGCAGCACUGAAAUAAUGUACUGAUGAUAAAUGUUUUAAUACAGACCGCUCACUGUGAAAGUAUAUCCUCGUACUGUUUUUUUUUUUUCUUUUUUUUUCUUUUUUUUUUUUUCUGCAUUUUAUAUCAAUGAAAAUACUUUCAAAUGCUGAUUGUAUUACUUACCUUACUUUACUUUCUUUUUUACUUGCGUCUUACUUGCGUUCCUAACUGUACUUGUGUUACUCGUUACUUAUGUUCAUGUUUACUUGCAGUCCUUUCUUUACUGACUAAUUGCAUUACUGUCUAUAUUUGCUUACUUGUUUGUUUACUUGCAUUACGUUUACUUGUCAGUUUGCAUGGAUGACUUUCUUACUUGACUUUGAUUAUCUAUUUUAUGUACUUAUUACUUUUUAGCUUUACAUACAUCACUCUGCUUUCAUUACUUUUACUUGCACCAGUUUGCUUGCGUUACUUUCUCUACUUACAUUUGCAUGACUUUUUAACUUGCGUUACUUGCUUGAAUGUUACUUUGUUUACUUGCAUGCAUUACUUCUUUACUUGCAUUAUUGUAAGUUUACUUGUCAGCUUACUUUUACUGUUUUAUUUAUUUACUUGUUACCUAUUCUAACUACAAGCAUUACUUACUUUACUUAUUUUGCUUACAUAUGUUACUUUCUGUACUUGUUUCUGUUUUCUGUACUUGCAUCAGUUUGUGUUGCUUCUUUAUUUGUGUUAAUUUAAGUUUACUUGAGUCAAUUUACUUGCAUUCCUUUCUUGUUAUUUACUGGAAUUACCUUACUGCUUGCAUUACUUUUUUCUUACUAUUACUUUAUUUAAUUGUUACCUAUUCUAUCUACUAGCAUUACUUACAUACGCUAUUUACUUUCCUUGUUACUUAAAAUAAACACAAAAUAAAGUUUACUCAUUACUUUC